GAGGUGCAGCAAUUGCACCUAGGUUGUCUCCCUCCCCCUUUCCUCCUUUCCAGACCUAGACUGGCACGUUCACUGACUUUUGGGAUCCUCAGCCACUCCCUUGUCUCGGCUGGACUUUGCCAACAGAUGGGGACACUCUCCCCUACCCGUCUUUAGGGGGGCUGAGAGGCAGGAUUCUUUGCCAGGAAGCGCCAGGCCACUCCUGCCCAGAUCCCCGCCCACCUCCACUUGUCUGCUGGCCGGGCAACUGGGUCUGGCUGAACCUCUCUGUUUCUCACGGGAGGAACCACACAAGCUAGCAGCCCCUGAGGGCACCUAGACGGUAAGGUGAGAUUUUUCUAUAUCAGCACAUGUAGAUCAAGGUGGAUAUUCUGACAGAUGAGGGAAAUCGAGGUACCUUAAGCAAUAUGACAAGUUUACCCAGCCACAGUGACCAAGGCGGGAUUUGAACUCAUGUCCUCGAACUCAAAACCCAAGCUCUUUCUGCCUCAGGGGAGCUUACCUUUAUGUACUAUACUAGGUCAUGGAGAGUCAUGGCAGGUUCUUGAGUGAGAGAGCGAGGGGGUGGUGGUGAAGUUUUGUUAAAGGAAUUGAUGAGACUGGGGUGUGCAGGGCGCGCUGGAAUGAAGACAACUUAAUCCUUACUGCCGUCACAUGGAAGCCAAGUCUUGACCUCUACAACCUGAAAAGGCUUAACCUGGCUCUGACCCCUUCUAUCCCCCAGGCCCUUGGCUUUGGCUGGCACAGAGGUGCAGGAGAGCCAGCAGCACCCAGUGACCAGGCAGAUGUGCCCCCAGGAGAGUUCCUUCCAACCUUCUCAGUUCCUACUGCUGGUGGGGGUCCCAGUGGCAAGUGUCCUCCUUCUGGCCCAGUGCCUUCGAUGGCACUGUCCUAGAUGGCGGCUGGGGAUCAGCAGGAAGCCAGAUGGCCAACAGGAGCUAGAGUCCCAACCUGUCCCCCUGCCAGAAAAUGAGGCCCCAAGGCAGGGCCUGCCAGCCACGCUGCCAGAGAUGGCUGCCUUCUACCAGGAGCUGCACACACCCACUCAAGGCCAGACUGUCAUCCGUCAGCUGAUGCACAAGCUGCUGGUGUUUUCGGCUCGAGAGGUGGAUCACCGGGGUGGCUGCCUGAUGCUCCAGGAUACGGGCAUCUCCCUGCUCAUCCCACCAGGUGCGGUGGCUGUGGGCCGGCAGGAGCGCGUGUCUUUGAUCCUGGUGUGGGACCUGUCAGACGCCCCGUCGCUAUCCCGAGCCCAGGGGCUGGUAAGCCCUGUGGUGGCAUGUGGCCCCCAUGGGGCCUCCUUCCUGAAGCCUUGCACCCUCACAUUCAAACACUGUGCCCAGCAGCCCACCCACGCCCGCACCUACAGCAGCAACACCAACCUGCUCGACGCCAAGGCCUGGAAGCCCCUAGGGCGGUCGGGGGCCCACGCCUCUCGGGAUGAGUGUCACAUCCCCCUCUCCCACUUCAGCCUCUACACCUGUGUGCUGGAGGCACCUUUGGGGCGGGCAGCUCGCAAAUGGCUGCAGCUGGCCGUGUUCUGCUCGCCGCUGGCGCCAGGGCAGUCGCACCUGCAGCUGCGCGUCUACUUCCUGAACAACACGCCCUGCGCCCUGCAGUGGGCCCUGACCAACGAGCAGCCCCACGGAGGGCGCCUGCGCGGGCCCUGCCAGCUCUUUGACUUCACCGGGGCCAGAGGCGACCAGUGCCUGAAACUCCAGUACAUCUCGGAGGGUUGGGAGAACGUGGAUGACAGCAGUUGCCAGCUGGUCCCCCAUCUCCACAUCUGGCAUGGAAAGUGCCCCUUCCGUUCCUUCUGCUUCCGGAGAAAAGCAGCCAAUGAGAACGAGGACUGCUCGGCACUAACCAAUGAGAUCAUAGUCACCAUGCACACCUACCAGGAUGGCUUGGAGACCAAGUACAUGGAAAUCCUCAGAUUCCAAGCAUCAGAGGAGGAACCCUGGGCAGCGCCACCCCCUGUCUCCCAGCCACCCCCGUGCAAUAGGCUGCCCCCAGAGCUCUUUGAGCAGCUGCAGAUGUUGUUGGAGCCAAAUAGCAUCACGGGCAAUGACUGGCGCAGACUGGCCUCCCACUUGGGGCUCUGUGGCAUGAAAAUACGGUUCCUGUCCUGCCAGCGCAGCCCGGCCGCGGCCAUCCUGGAGCUGUUUGAGGAGCAGAACGGCAGCCUGCAGGAGCUGCACUACCUCAUGACGGUCAUGGAGCGGCUGGACUGCGCCUCGGCCAUCCAGAACUACCUGAGCGGGACGCGGGCCGGCAGCCCAGCCCCCGCCCGCGGCCGCGACAACCAGGGCCUGGAGCUGGACGAGAAGCUCUGAGCGCGCGGCCGCCGCGCUCGGGCGGAGGGAGCUCGGGGGUGUGCCCCAGCGCCUGAGAACGCGGCAGCGGGCCCCGGCUGC